AUGUCUGUAGCACCAAGGCGGAUUGGCUUUUUCCACGCAGCAGUCGACGAUGACCUCCAAACCCGGUACUGGUUAUAUCGACGUAUGAAGGAAGUUUUGGUGGACAUAAAUACGAACACAAAGGUGGAUGUAUGGCUAAUAAUGACUGGAUACCAUCGAACGGACCCAGGGGCAGAAGAAGAACACUUCACCGUCCGUGCAUUCAGAGAAGAUGGUCGAGCGUUCCUAACGCUGCAUGUGUACGAAAACAAAAGGCCAACAGUGUUCAAAAACGGCGGCGACGUAUUCUGGAAGAGUGAAUUCGGUAGGGAAUUGAAGUGGUGGGAAGUUGACCUGUGGCAGUAA